CGCGUUUGAUGCUGCUCGAAGAAGGUUGCGUAUACGCAUCAUAUCAAGCAAAUCAGUGAAAUAGAACCCGCAGUGUAACCGUGCUGAAGGAAUAUCUUUUUCCUUGCCUCGCCAACGACUCAUCGUCUCUAAUCUUUGACGCUGAGUAAUCGUUGAUUGCCUCCCCACGACGCCGCCUCCCUCUCAACGUUCUAACGAUAGCCACGUGUGGAGGAGCGAAGUCUAAACGAGGAUGAUGAUGAUGUGUGUCCAGCGAGAGAUGCAUAAUCGAUGAUUGUGCCCGAAAUAUCAGCCCUUCCGUCGACCCGUUUGCUGUUUGCUUACCGAUAGCCCUCCUAACGGAUCAUCUCGGAUGUGCCCUAGAGUGUGUGUGUGUGUGUGUGUGUGUGUGCUGUCUUGGUUGUGUGUGUAUGAUGAUGAUGAUUUGCUUGGAGCAAAUUGAAAAGAAGUGUGCUGUGAAGUGAUUGCACGCAGCUGUGUCGCAGCUGUACCCUACGGAGUGAGUGUGAGUGUGGAGCGGCUUGAAACUAAUCCUAGUAGGCUAGUGAGCAGGAGCAGUUCCCGGGGCUUAGUUCCAUAAAGCUCAAUAUAAAACGGUGGCCAAGGCAGUGUGGGAUCGGUGCAUUUCUUCCCCAAUCGGAGAAGUUUGGCUGCUGAUAAGUAAACCAGAAAAGUGUUUUCCGGGUUAGUGUGUAUACUUGCGUCCUCUCCCUUACUUUGCGUGUCUGUGUGUGUGUUUGUGGUGUAGUAGCGGUGUUGUUUUGUGAUUGUGUAGUAGUGUGUGACGAGGCCGACUUGAUAAAAAGGAUGCCAAAUCGUGUAGCUGUGCCCGGUCGCAGUAGAUAGAAAGUUGUUCUUAGUAACCACACGUUGAAAAUGAUCGAGAAAUUGCGUUGUGGUACACCCGAUGGCAUCCUGCGCCGUGGCUAUUCUCUUGAACGUGUUGGCCAGGGUCCAGGCCGCAGUGACACCCGUGCGCCCAAGAAGAGUGCAGAAUGUGGUGACGUUUCCGUGUUAACCUUUGUAGCGUGAGCGUAAAUCGCAAUCCAAACAUCCUUUCUUGUUGUUAUUUAUUGCACUAAAACUUCCAAUUUUGCCUCCGGAAACAAGUAGCCACGACCGUAAUUCUCGACUAAUGGUGUUCAUUAAUAGUGCAUCUUGAGUCCUUAGACUUACCACUUCGGAAACUGCUCUUCACCACCUUCCCCGCCCCUUCGAUGAAGAUGGCAUCCGAAACGGAAAAUUCCAUUCCCGUGUGCCCUCCACUGCCGGAACCGGCCGGAGAGCGUGCCCUCUACCGGAAGAUGAUGGGCAAGGGGCACGAAGUGAACGGCAGUGAAGAUAUCGGACGGACGGAAAUGGACGGUCCCGGUCAAGGUGCACCGGAGGGUUUGAAGUAUGCGAAGUAUAAUGUCACCGGCCCAACGGGUCCGCUGGCUGGUGAGUGUACCAAGGGUGGGGUGGGUAGCACGGUAGCGGUGUCCACCGGUGGUACCAUUUCGGUGACGCUGGAAGAGAUUCUGAAAACGUUCAACGCGCCCAUUUCGGAGGAUCAAGCGUGGGCGCUCAUCUACCAGACGUCGCGGAUGUAUAAGGCCCGAUUGCAGGAACCGGGCUGCCGGUUGCGGGACCUUCGACUACCACUGCAUCCACACCAGCUGAACGUCCAGAAGGACGGCAGUUGCAACGUUACGGCUCGUACAGAUAAGGAGCUGUGCAUUCCAUCGACCCAGAAAAAGAUACUGCUCAAACUGGGCAUCGUCGUGUAUCGGGCGCUCGACUACAACCUGCCCACUAGUGAAGACUGCCAGAUCUCGCACGAGCUGGAGGAGCUGAUCGACUUCAUGACAUCCGAAGACAACGAUGACGAAGGUAUCGAGCGUGACUCGGAAGAAGUGGAGGAGGACCUGGUGUCGGUCGACAGCGACGGUGACUGUCCGCCCGGCAACGGAACGCUGGGCGGCGUGCUGACGAACCUGGAGGUAGUAAGCGUCGUCGCCAACGGUUGCGGUGGCGGCGAGCGAAAGCAUCUCGAAACCAAAGAACUGGAUCACGUGCUAGAGUACUGCUCAUCGCGUGUAUCACCCUCGAAGCCGGAAGAUCACUAUCGGGCCGUGUGUCGGGCGCUCGUAACGGAAACGCUGGAGCUGCGCACGUUCCUGCAACGGGUAUGUCAGGGCGAGGCGGAGGUCCUGCGGUUAAAAGCCCAGGCGGAAACGACCGGCAAGGAGCUGGAGAAGAUCCACUUCAACGAUUGGUCGGACGAUCAAAGAAUCUGGCAGGCACUGCAAGCCCGCUUUUGGAUGCAGGUCGUCGAUGAGCUGCGGCGUGGCGUACGGUUGAAAAAGAUCAACUUCUCACGAGCGCCCAUCGAGUACGAGCUGACGCCCUACGAAAUCCUGAUGGAGGAUAUCCGCUCCAGAAAGUACAAUCUCCGCAAGGUUAUGGUGAACGGCGACAUUCCGCCGCGGGUCAAGAAGGACGCACAUGCAGUCAUAUUGGAGUUCAUCCGAUCGAGGCCGCCGCUGCGUAAGGCAUCGGAAAGAAAGCUUGCUCCCCAGCCGCUGAAGCGAGUAUCGUGUCCUCGGGAGCAGCUGCUAGACUCGAUACGAAAGGGGCGCGUGCUGAAGCCGGUGAACCAGAAGCUGAAAUCAAGACACUGUGAUUCACCCGAUGGCGACCCGUGCGUCGAUGCCGUUCGCGACCUGGCGUACUGUCCGGCGGACAACCCGGCCACGGUACCGAUGGCACCGUCACCGCGCAAACCACCGACACCGGCCAAGCACAGGAGCAACAGCAUUGCCGGCGGUACUGUUGCGGGUCUGCCGCCCAUCAAUCGCGUACCGAAGGCGGCCCCACGGACAACACAGCAGCCGCCAACGCCAAAGCCCAGAUCAGUUUUACCUACCACAACCCAAGUAGAUAGCGUAAAGAAAUCGUGCGAUGAUGAAAUCGACACCAGCGGUGCAGCCCACAGCCUGGACGGGAUCGGCAGCAGUAGCAACAGCGGCGGCGGCGGUGGAACCGGCAGCAACCAGAGUGCCAGCUUCCACCACGGUUCCAGCGGCUACUUCAGCGGCGGCAUUAGCACGGCCCACAAAACGAUGACGCUGGGUCGUUCGAGUUUUUCGCACACCAGCGGUACACCCCGUAACACCCUAAGACUGAUACCAGUAGACUUUUCGCUGUUCAACGAUGAUGACUUCAUUGAUGAGACAGCGAACGAUGGCGCAGAUUCGGGCCCGAGCGCUACCAGUGGGGGGCCCCGGAGCCAGCAGCAGAACGGUGGCAGUCACCGGAUACUGUACAGUGGCAGCGUUGGAGGCAAGCGCAGCAGCACAGACGCUGGCGGUGGUGGUAGCGGCCACACCAACGACAGCAACAACAGUACAAACCGGCUGAUGAUCGUCAACAACGAGAACAAUCAGAACAACAUCAACACCGUGCUGCGACGGACAAAGAACAUCAUCACCCACGACGAGUACCAUCGGUUCUGUGAUAAGGCUCUCGAAACCUACGACCUUGCAACGCAGUGCGAAUCGCGGCGAGCAUCGAUGCGCCGGCACACCAUCAUCGGCUGCAAUCAGAACUACAAGCUCGACCCGCUGGCAAGCCACUCGGUGCCCGCGUCGCGGCCCGCCUCGCGCCAAUCCGAUCGCGACGCGGCCAAACCGGACACGCAACCGACGGCCAACGGUGUGCCCCCGAAGGAGAAACCCUCCGCCAUGGUGAUGCCGCACGUGGUGAACGGGGCGCGGCCGGCUCCGAUCGGUAGCGCUGCGCCGGCCGCCGGCCAGAACGGCACCAGCAGCAGCAGCACGAUCGAGUACGUCGGCGGCAGCAAUCUGUCGUCGCUGGACACGUGGACCAAGAACUCGCUCGACGAGCACCAGUGGAAGGACGCGUUCAAUCUGAACGACCGGCUGUCGCUGACGCUGGAGGAGAUCGUACAUAUCCGCUCGGUCAUGACGAAGGCCGAGCUCGAGGGGCUGCCGGUGGACGUGCACAUCAAGGAGGACGUGGAGAAGCGGAAGGUGUGCUUCCUGUGCCUGCGCACCCGGUUCACGCUGUUUGCGCGCGGCAUCCUGUGCAAGCUCUGCCAGCGGACGGUCUGCAACAAAUGCAACACGAAGAUGCGAAUACCAACCGAACAUUUCCGCAAUGUUCCCGUGGUGCUGCUGUCGCCCUCGCUCAUGAACAGCCCGUGCACCUCCAACACGCCGUCGCCGAGCCAUCACGCGCACGGUACCGGCUCGGGCCCGACCAGCAUGGUGGACGAAUCCUUCCCCCGAUCCCUGAUGGAGCGACUGUUACGACCUGAGUUAGACCGAAAGACUCGCAACACGGUCGGUAGUGCUCCAUCGUCACCAAAGAAUCAGCGCUCUGCCUCGAGCACACCCGGCACCAGCCUGCACGGCACCGAGACGCUUUCCCUCUCCCUGUCCCAUCACGUGUCCUCCUCCGGUGGAGCGUCAAACCACUGCGCCAAAGACGUCACCGUGCCCGCGAGCGUGAUCGCCGCCUCGGCUGCGGCCCAGAAGUGUUCGCUCAUGUCUCGCAGCAUGGAGGGCCCGAACAGUCUUCCGCCGCAGAGCCCGGCCCGGCCCCACUCCAACUGUAGUACGCUGGACAGAAAGAAUCGCUUCGCGAAAGCAUUCACGCUUACCGCAUCCGGACCGGGCGGUGGUGGGCUUGACCCGCAGAAGGAACGGCUUACCGGUGAGCUGAUGGCGGUGUGCAAUGACUGUCGCAGCCUGGUGCUGGAAAUCAUCCGAUCCUCGCGGCAAACGCGUACGACGGCCCGGAACCAGGUGCUGCGCCAUCUGACGCUCGAUAUCUCGCCGGUGUACAAGUAAGCGGUGCCGUUAAACCCCGGGGUGGGCGGGUGGCCGAAAGCAAGCGCACAGUGGAGAGGAGUACAGUGUCUGGGCCCGGUGUGGCCGCUUAUUUAAGGGAGACCGGACAGCUUUGUUACCCCAAAAUCUCCACGCACAUACAUCUACCACAACAGCGCCCCGGAGCAGCAUUCGCCGAAUGAAAUGACGUUGUAUUUAUUAUACUUAUUUAUUAUUCAAAUCCUCCUACAAUCUGGCCCGCCUGCCCGGGCUUGCCGUUGCGAAUAUUUUGUAGAAAGAAGAAGAAGAAGACGGUUGCCGAGGGGGGUGGGAGUGUGGUGCUGACACACGGUUGCCGAACCGAUUCGAGACCGAGUAAGCGUUAAGACUGGCUUUGCUAGCGAAUACCUCCAUGGCAUUGUGAUUAUUGUAAUACUAUUUUUUUUUUGGUUGGUUGGCCCCAGGAGACAGAGAAAGAGGAUCGUUGUUUUAUUUGGGAAAAAAGAGUUUUAGACACGGAAAGGAAAUGUAGCCACACAGCAACGCGCGCAGCGGCACACAAAUGAAAACAACAAGCAAACAAAAACGGUUGUAAGUUAUGUGGCUUCGAAGGAAUGGAAUGGAAGGAUCAUAAGUAUGUUCAGUUCGCCAGUCCCUUUUUUGAUGUUUUUUUUUUAUUAGUCAAAGGCUACGCACACACACACGCGCACGUACGUGGUUAUAGCCUAGCUCGCUUCGAUCGAAGUUCUUUUUAUCCGGAUUCGGGGUUUUCCUGCAGCUAAACAUUAACGCCUGAAGGAUUGUUUUAUGUGUUGUAAAAUAUGUACAUUUCAGGUAUACUAAAGCUUUUUGCGUUACACGUUGCCCUGUGUUUAGCCUUCGCACGGUCACCCUUGGCGAGCUGCGAGAAUCCAAUUUGGGGAGAAAACCGGGCUUGAAAUAUUUGAGUUUCGAUCCCCCCCAUCCUUUAAAGCAUUAAAUUAUCGAACCCCACCUAUGUUACGAGCAUGUAGAUUCUAACGAGCAAAGGUUGAUCCACCUCGAUCGAAAUGUUUAACCCUUUUGUUACCCUGCAUCGCUGCAGCUGCACACACAAACAAACGCGCGCGCGCGCGCAGAGACAUGCACCCGAAGCAUGUCGCAGCAUGUGCCCAUGAACAAUCUAUUCCGUAAGUGUAUGUAAUAUGUUGAAAUAAUAAACAGCAAACAAAAAUCAUUUUCUUCAUUCUGCAUAAAAGAAAACACGCUAAAUCGAAAAGGCAAAUCGUUUCUAAUUUGUGCACAAUAUUGAGGAGUAAAGGAUAACAUAAUUAGGGCAACUUCAAAGAGGACAUUUGCAAUAGCUGAAUACGUUAUGGAACCUAUCAUAAAAGUGUAAAUUAAUCAAUUUCGCAGAAUGUAGCUACAACAAGUAUUUGAAUCGUAUAACAUAAUUUGAAAAUUAGCGUUUGAAUAAAAAGGCAACAACAUAUAACUAACUGCUACAGGACAACUAUUUGCAAAACUAACCACUCAUUCCUUUUUUCGUGGAAAUUGCAUAGAAUACACGGUCGGACUGUUAUAGAAAAGUAGAAAAAAGCGGAAGUGGCGGAACUAUACAGAAGGUUUAACAAAGAAAGCUUGAACGUGAACGUGGUGGUGGUUCUCUUUCCUUCGCACCAUGCAAGCAAGCAAGAAAGAAACCGUUCGUGGCGAGACAACCUAUCAAGGCGAGAAGUAAAGGGACAGAGUAGCAGAUUGGAAAAUUGAGGCUACAUUUGCUUAUCCCGUUUUAAAUGUACCACAUACGAUCGAAAAAAAAGGAAGAAGACAUAAUCUUAUAGCCAAGAGACAAAUGUUGAUGUUUUUAGCUGUUGAUGAUGAUAUCGCACCACGUGUUUGGCAUGUUUUCUGUGGCACUUUCCGUGCGGUAGAUGAUAAAUUAACAAAACAAAAAAUUAUUUAACUUAAUCAGCGCACCUACUACUACUACUACUACAUAUAACCUCUUUUAGCCAGUCAUCCUCUGUCUGCGGUACCAUUUUAUCGGUAUGCUGAUGGAAUGUUAGAAGAAAA